AUGCGAGGCGCGCCGUUAAUCCGAUGCUCCGCGCAUGCCGUGCCCUUCUUUCGUUCCCUCUGCCAUCCAUUCCCUCACCCCGCCGUCCCCGCUCUCUGUCCUCUUUGCCUUCCCUCUGCCCUCCAUCCCGUCACCCCGCCAUCCCAUCUCUCUUCCACUAUGGCCCGCUCUCUCUCCCGUCAUUCUCUCUCCCUGCUGUUACUCUCUUUCUCGUCAUUCGCAUUCCCUGCCGUUCCUCCCAUCUCCCUGCCCCUGUUUCCUUCUCACUCUGCUGUCAUUCGCAUUCCCUGCCGUUCCUUCCAUCUCCCUGCCCCUGUUUCCUUCUCACUCUGCCGUCAUUCGCCCUCCCUGCCCUUCCUUCCCUCUCCCUGCCCCUGUUUCCUUCUCACUCUGCCGUCAUUCGCCCUCCCUGCCCUUCCUUCCCUCUCCCUGCCCCUGUUUCCUUCUCACUCUGCCGUCAUUCGCCCUCCCUGCCCUUCCUUCCCUCUCCCUGCCCCUGUUUCCUUCUCACUCUGCCGUCAUUCGCCCUCCCUGCCCUUCCUUCCCUCUCCCUGCCCCUGUUUCCUUCUCACUCUGCCGUCAUUCGCCCUCCCUGCCCUUCCUUCCCUCUCCCUGCCCCUGUUUCCUUCUCACUCUGCCGUCAUUCGCCCUCCCUGCCCUUCCUUACAUCUCUCUGCCCCUGUUUCCUCCUCUCUCUGCCGUCAUUUCAUCUCCCUGCCCUUCCUUACAUCUCUCUGCCCCUGUUUCCUUCUCACUCUGCCGUCAUUCGCCCUCCCUGCCCUUCCUUCCCUCUCCCUGCCCCUGUUUCCUUCUCACUCUGCCGUCAUUCGCCCUCCCUGCCCUUCCUUCCCUCUCCCUGCCCCUGUUUCCUUCUCACUCUGCCGUCAUUCGCCCUCCCUGCCCUUCCUUCCCUCUCCCUGCCCCUGUUUCCUUCUCACUCUGCCGUCAUUCGCCCUCCCUGCCCUUCCUUACAUCUCUCUGCCCCUGUUUCCUCCUCUCUCUGCCGUCAUUUCAUCUCCCUGCACUUCCUUACAUCUCUCUGCCCCUGUUCCCCUCUCUCUCUGUUGCCAUUCCCUCUCCCUAGCUUUCCCUACCACUAUUCUUUCCUCUCUAUCCCCUCUCCCACCCCCUCCAUUCCCUCUCCCACUCUCUCCAUGCCCUCUCCUCCGCGUGCCGCGGUAG